UCAUAUUCUUGAAUCUUUCUAAAAUAAACAAACACAUCUACUCUUUUGGCAAUUCCAAGGUUCAGAGUCGGAAGUAGCUCACUACUCCAACCCCAUUCUUGGACUGUAACCAGAAACCGUAGAUUAUAAAUUCCGGCCAAAAUCAAGGCCGGCGACCGGUGAAAUAAACAAAGGGAUAACCUAAGCAACUACUACUUUGUUUGGAUGUGGGAAUUCUGGAGAAGGCACAAAAGGAAGGUAUAUGUUACAUUUGGAGUACUUGGAAGUGGGUACCUUUUGUACAAGCUGUAUGACGGACACAAGCGUCGACUCUCUGAUCUUGAGAGGGAACUCGCGGAUGAGAGGAGAAAUGAGGAACUCAUUAGAUCCCAGAUCAAGGAACAUUUCGAGAAAAUUCAGACAAUAGCUGAUUCAACGACAUUGCCUCAUGUAAUUCGAUAUUUAAGUAGUCGAAUAGAAGAACAAUUGGACCUCGCGCACUUGACGGAGAGUUUGAUGAAAGGGAAAGACCAGCCAAAUUCUCUAACUGCUGCAGAGAAGCUCGAACUAUGGGACAGACUCAAAAUUUUAACUUUUACCAGAAUGGUGUUGUCUCUUUGGGCGACCACAAUGCUAAGCUUAUAUAUUAGAGUUCAAGUCAACAUAUUAGGGAGACAUCUUUAUAUUGAUACUGCGCGUGGCCUCGGAAGCUCUAUUCAACUUGAUGAAGCUGAUCUAAUUGACAGAGAUGACGAGCAGCAGUUUCUAGCCAGUGCAGACUAUCUUACCAAUGUUGGCCUGCCUACCUUGAUUUCAACUUUUGAAGCUGCAACAUCUGAGGUUCUAAAAGGAAAACAGCUGAAGGAUUUCUUCAACAGAACUGUACUUCAUGAUACCAUUCUGCAGAUAUUGGACACCUUCUUGAGCAUGGGAAGUCCUCAUCAGUGGCUGGGCUUUUUGAUGCCAGAGCUCUCUAAUUUAUAUAACUCUGCUGCUACCUCUUGCGGUAGCAGUACGGAACCUUCUCCUGCAUCCAAAUUUGAACAACUUAUGCUGGAGGCACGGGCCGUUCUGUCAAGCUCUGAAUUUAAAAAUAUUCUGGACAUGUCACUUAAAACAGCGGUGGAUGUGAUGAUGGAUGACAUAAGGGGCCUCUGUGGAGAAACCAAUUUAAAAUUAGGCAUUCCAUUAGCUAAACUUCUACCACGGCUUGCUCAGAUGAGUCACAUCCUGCUUGAAGAACCCAAUAGGGACAGAUACAUCCAAAUUGUCCAAAACAUGCCAGAAGUAGAAAUGUUCUUCACCUUGUUAUAUGCAAGCACACCAGCUUCAUAGUGUACGAACAUGAUGUUGUAUUCUUGUGUAGCUUCAGUGUAGGCAUGGAUGUAAAAGAUUACAUAUAGCUUUUUGUUAGUUUCUUUAAGGGUUAAAAUUUGGUCAAAAAUAAAAAAACUGAAGAUUUUCUGGUGAAGUUACAUUCUUUGUGAGUACUCACAGUAGCUGCUAAGUAUGGAGUAAUUUAUUAUGCAGCCUGAUUAUUUCAUCAGCUGAAUUAAUGGUUUAAAGCUGCUUUUAAAGGUGCAA